AUGUUUAUGAUCAAGAACGUCAGCAAGUACUUGUUUGGAGACGCUUCCAAAGAGGUCAUUACCGAAAUUCCUCAAGGACAGCUCUACAUAGUCCGCCCUCGAUCACCGAAGGGUUAUUCCGAACUUAUCUACAAAGACGCUGUUGCGUCCAUCAGACGAACCGGUCAAGAAUUCCAGUAUCAAUUGGUCAUUCAACGUGCCUACGAAGAGGGAGAAGAAGAACUUGCUGAGGACGACGACGACCAAGGCAUCGACAACUUGGAUAAGGACGAAAAGACCUUCCUCCUCGACCAGAGCCUCCAUUUCAGGUGUGAACAACGAGCCAGUGGUGAACACGUCCUCGCUUGGCGUGAUCUUAGUGGUGAUCACGGCGACUUGUACGAGUUCGUCUGUGACGCUUCAGCCCAAGGUGAUAGAGUGCAAACGUUCGUUCUUGCUGCGAUCGAUUCUCAAUUCGAACGCAAAUAUCGGAGGUCUGCUCAGAAAGCAACUGAGGCUGAGCUGCUCGAGUUCAAUUUUGACGACGACGAUAUAAUUCCUUUGGCAAGCUCUGUACCAGACCUGAGUGACCCUGUCCCCACCAGCAAAGAAUCUGCCGACCGCAUGGCUAGAGAUGUUAAAUCGCCCAAGAAGGCUGACACCUCAAAACCCAAGACGAUUACUGCUGGUCCAACAGAAGCACCUGCCGCAAAAAGCGCCCCAAGUUCCGGAGAUGUUCUGACAACUCAGAAUGGUGAACUUCAUCUGUUCGACUUUACUACAGGUACCUUUAUUCUGCAGGACUCAUCCGUGACUGCUGUUGUCAGUGACCUAGGCAAGUGGUCUUACUGGCUACAAAUCACUAGUUCUGAUGGCCGAGAAUGGCUGGGUCAAGAGGUGGUCGCGGAUAUCAACCCGGUCUUCAACUUCGAGUACCUUUCUGCCAUCUUCAACCAUUACACUGAUGAUGGAUCAGCUUAUUCCUGGCUCCUGCGUUUUCGAGACCAGCCAACUCUCGAAGCGUUCCAAGAGGGAAUCAUGCAAGCUCUUUGGGAGCAAUUGAAUGAGACCAAAUGGGCGAAGGCGAAAGAUCAAGAUCGCGAAUACGUUAUCGAAGCUUUCAAUGACUUGACUAUGGAUGAUGCCCCAGAAGCUGAAGAAGAUUUCCUUGAAGAGGAUGAAGAGGAUGAUGAGAGUGAUAGCCAAGCAGUUCAGCGCAGCGAACAUUAUGACUCGGAUGAGUCUGAAGACGAUGUUGAUCCGGAACAGAAGGACGGUAAUGUCAAUUCCCAGCUUGCUGUAGGAACCAAGCAUGACCGAUCCUUCGUCAUCCGUGGCUCCAAGAUUGGUGUCUUUAAACACCUGCCCAACCGACACCUUGAGUUCACAACAAACAUCUCCAAAGUUCAGACACCGAAAGGACGUACAUUCAAACCUGGCAAAAUUAUGCUGCACGCUGAAGAUCAAAACAUGGUGAUGCAGGAUGAUAGCAACCCGAACUCCUUGUUUCGCAUGGAUCUUGAGUAUGGCAAAAUUGUGGAUGAGUGGAAGAUCCACGAUGAUAUCCCAGUCACCAAUUUUGCCCCUGAAACGAAGUUUGCUCAACAAACUGCAGCACAACCUUUCAUUGGUCACAGCAAGAACGCUCUGUUCCGCAUUGAUCCUCGUGUUGCUGGCAACAAGUUGGUCGAAUCUCAACUAAAGCAGUACAUGUCCAAGAACGACUUUUCCGCCGCAGCCACGACUGAGAAGGGCCAUAUUGCGGUGGCAUCAAACAAGGGUGAUGUUCGCUUGUUUGAUCGACUUGGAGUCAACGCGAAAACUCACAUUCCUGCUCUUGGUGAAUCGAUCAUUGGUCUUGACGUUAGCGCAGACGGUCGAUGGCUGCUUGCGACUUGUCGCACAUAUCUUCUCCUCAUUGAUACUCUCCAGAAGGAUGGAAAGAACGAAGGGAAACUUGGAUUCGAACGCUCAUUCGCAAAGGAUAGCAAACCUCAGCCACGUCGACUUGGCUUGACCCCAAGUCAUGUUGCUCAAUUCCAACAUGAAACUGGUGCUCCUCUUGCAUUUACAACAGCAAAAUUCAAUACUGGAGAGAAUAUGCAAGAGACUAGCAUCAUCACCUCCACCGGCCCGUUUCUUGUCACUUGGUCCCUUAAGAAGGUACUGGCAGGAAACAAGGAUCCUUAUCAGAUUAAGCGUUAUAGUGCGCAAGUGAUGGCUGAUAAUUUUGAAUUCGGAUCUGAUAAGAAUGUCAUCCUUGCAUUGCCGAAUGAAGUCGACAUGGUUAGUCGAAAAAGUUUCAAGAAGCCCACAAGAGAUAGCAUUGCUGGACCAGCCGCCCGACUCAGCACAGGAGCUUUUGCCACACCAAGACAUGGUACAAGACAAAGCCACUUGAGAGAAGAGAUCGUCAACAGUCCAUAUUGA